GCAGCAGAGUCUUGGGCGUGCGGGUGGGCAGCAGAGUCUUGGGCGUGCGGGUGGGCAGCAGAGUCUUGGGCGUGCGGGUGGGCAGCAGAGUCUUGGGCGUGCGGGUGGGCAGCAGAGUCUUGCGUGUGCGGGAGACCAGCAGAAUUUUCCACGUGAGAGAACCCCAGACAGAUGGAUGCCCCUGAAUCUUCCUGUCUCCAUGCCAGCUGUAGGGUCAAUGGUGUUGCCAAUGGAUGUUUUCAAGCCGGCACAAGGUAGCAGGCUGUUGCCAGACAUGGUGAAGAAUAUCUUGCGUCCCCCACUGCUGCCACCGCCAACCACUCAAAAAAUGGUGGAAGUCCAGUGCCGAGCUGGUAGAAUAGUUGUCCGGGUCCUAAGAGAGCUGUUAGGUUUGCCCAACGCACAGCAGGACCUCUCUCUUGGGACAUGCCAGGUCAACAAGGUCACUCCUUUGCACUUCUACUUUGAUUAUAAUCUUAGGAGUUGCAACACAAUGAGAAAGUCCUUUAAGGACCGCACAGAAUACUCAAAUACCCUCUGUUAUGCUCCUGAGUUCUCUGGACCAGUUGUGAGAGCUAUGCCGUUCAAAAUUCCCCUUCAGUGUGUAUACUACAGGUUUUUCAACUCUUAUAAGGCUGGUUACCGCCCCUGUCCUAAAGGAACCACUCAGUUCAAGUCCCUUAAUUUGCCAUCUGGCAUCACGCUCACAGCCUUAAAUGGUAACUGGAAGAAGAAUGCCGUCUACCUGAUUGGCCAACUGAUGAACUUUGAGGUUAACGUUCCCCAGAAGACCAGGAAUGAGCGAGCCUACGUCAAUAAGUGUUACGUUACCAAGUCCGCCGACCCUACGUCAACGCCACGGUUUGCGGUAAUUAACAACUAUGGAUGCAUGCUGGAUAGCCUGACGAACCCUCAAUCUAAAUUUGUCCCUGAUGCAAAGCGAAAUAAAAUCAGGUUCAAAAUCGGAGCAUUUGUUUUUCCGGGGAUGAGAACCCCAGCGACACAGGAACUCUUCAUGCACUGUGAAAUUGUCAUUGGAGGACCAAUUGCAACUCCUAGUGCAAAGGCUUGUACCUUUGAUGGUCAAAGGUGGAAGGAGCUGUUUGGUGCAGAUGAUGCCUGUUCCUGCUGUUCCUACAAAUGUCCAGCAGGCCUGCAAUCUAACGCUGUGAAGAUCAUUAGCAGUGAGCCUUUGUCUGUAACUAAAGACGGACAGGGUUCACUUGAAGUUGGAACUUUCCGUGGCGUUAAAGAUCAACCCGUUUCUCCAACUCAAAAGAUGUUUGAAGAUAUCUGGAACUUCAGCGACUGAGGUACCUGGAACAAGUCAUGACAUCAACGCGUCUAUGGAAUGUAUGGACCAUGACUUAAAUGGAAAUUUAAUAAAUUUUAAAAUGCCUUGGGGUUUCCCCCUAAUGUUUAA